AUGAAAGGCGGAGAACAAGAAAUUGAGAUAUACAAUUGCAGUCUUACUGAUGAUGUGGGGGGAAACGAUGACCAGGACGACUACAACGGACCACCACGAGACCAGGGGGUCAUAAGGUAUCCUGGCGUCUCGAAUCCAACCUCGCCUGGUCCAAGCAAGCCUAAGCCGAAACCCCGAUAA